GGCAGGCGGUAAGUCCGCGGACACACUCACAGUACUCCACGCUCAAAAAUGGAUGAAAAAGUCUCGCCAAGAUUCGUUCUGCCGUCUCCUAAAUUCGCAACGGCUAAAAAUGAAGCAAACAGGACAACGAUGCACUACUUGACGCCCAGUGGGAUGACACUGCUGCCACGCGCCAAGCAGCCCCCGCCGAUGUACGGCGCACGAGGCAGCACAGUUCCAGCCAAAUAUUUGGAGCAGAGCACGAUUACUCCCUUGCCACAAGCUCCACCAGUUUACAAGUCCCCGCCUCGCCCCGAGCACUGCCACAACUGUGGCAUGGAAUUGGCAAACGCUCAGGACAUGAGGAGACACUUGGAGCAGCAUGAGACAUGUCCUGCAGAAGGUUGCGACUUUGCCGCCCUGCACAACAUCGUGGAGCAUCAUAUUGAAGCUAACCACAUAACUGGGGUGUAUCAGAAAGUGAAAAAGUUAUGGACCCCGGAAGACACAGCUGCCUGGAAGGCAGAGCGCAGAAAAAAAUUUCCCACGGCUGCGAAUGUGGAGCUGGCCAAGCGGGCCAAGGAACAACGACUGAAACGUGGAGAGCGCUUGGAGGCUUCAAAAUCUCGAUUUGGCAGACGCGAAGAUCGACAGCGCACGCGACCCAACAACUCUCAAGAAAAGCGACCCAGGUCUAGCAAAAAGGCUAAAGGCAAGAGCCAGAAGAAUGUUGAAGAAAGCAUUCGUCAGAAUGCAGAUGCCUUAGAAGAGGACACUUCCUAUAUAAGUGGAACUGGCGUGCCCAUGUUUCGUGGAACGGGACAGAUGGUGAACUACGAGCAUUCCAAAGUCAACGGAAAGAAGAGUGAAAAUGCUCUUUGUGGCCUCUUGGGAAUGUAUGGCUCGGGUAGUGAAGACAGCGAGAUUGAGUCUGAGGAAAACAAGCAAUGGCAGGGGCAGAGAAGUCCCCAACGGGAGACAGAGUGCAGCACUGUGAAGAAUGAAAUUUCAAGGGAUGAUCCGUUAGUCCCAAAUACAGUUGUCCAAAUGAACUCAUUAGAAACUGUCGAGGAGUUUCCCAUGAGUUUUGAGGAUCUGAUCAAGGAAAAUGACUGCUCUUCUGAUGACGCACCCGAUGAAGCGCCCAUUCAACGUGUAAUCGAAUCAAUAACCGAGACGGCUAUACACCAAACUGAAUUCAUAACACCGAAACCUCGACCCUCCCCAAAACCAACGGCUGCGAAGGCACAGAAGCGUAUUUCUGGCCUCAACUACAAGCGAGCUCGUAAAACUACAAAACCUAACACAAUGCUCUCCAAGUUGUUGGCCUCCGAUAUUCGGCAUGAGCGCAAUGUCCUGCUGCAGUGCGUACGCUAUGUGUGCGAGAACCAAUUCUUUGGCAUCGGAGCAAGCACCAGUGAGGAUACAGAAAGGGGAAUAACUUUGCCUAGUCAGAUGUAAUUAUUAUUCUUAUUCUGCCUACAAGUGCUUUUGUUAAGCAGAGGGCAUCGAGUUUAAGUUUCUUUGUUUUGGACUAUCUAGUAGAAUAUAACAACAAAAUAUCACGCUGGAAACAUUUCUUUCCGUGAGGUUGGCUUUCUAACAUUAUAAAAAUUCUUCAUUCCAUUUCUUGUAAAAGGCAAUGCCCUUUAUGAGAAAUACCAUCUGUAUAACUAAAAGCCAUAUUAAUGCAGAAGGAAACCCAUUUGGUGGCAAGGUAACAAACUUACCAAUCGGAAACAUAAAGUAGCUCAUGACAAUUGGGCCAAAAUUGGUCAAGCCGAGCCCAACACAGUAAAUAGCCUUCCUUUCCUGAGGGUACAUAUCUUUAAAUGUAAUUAAGCUACCAUUGUCGGUAGUGAAAGUUCAAUUCUCACUUUUAAAAUGCCAACGCGGAUCAAUAUUCCCGAAAUGAUCAGCAAAACCGAGCCAACCAUGUGCACACAUCCAGCCUUAAAAAAAUGUUCGCCUUUGGAAGCAUGCCCAAGAUUAUUCAAGUCGGGUUGGGUAUGUCUGCAUUACCAAUAUUUACCUGACGUCGACAUUAUUCUAUAUGACCAGUUUAUCGAGAGUAGGCCAAAAAUCACAUUCCAUAUGGCGAACUUCUUCAUUGAAACUGAAAGCGGACACGCGCAGCAGCAUUUACACAUUUUUCUAAUUUCUAAAUUGUAUUCAAUAAAAUGCUCAGAGUUGAUGUGUGUGUAACACACUUA